ACUCUGAAGCGUACUACUAGAUCUACACCACUUGCACGGUACGAAACGAAUCUUGCACGGAACGAUGAACGAUGGAAGGAUAACCAAAGCCCUACUGAAAACCAGAAGUGGAGAAUUUGACAUCGAGAGUAUUCAUACCCUAAACCUUCGGGAUUGUGGGUUGAGUGAUCUUGGAUGUGUCAGUGAAUGCACUCAGUUAGAACGACUUAAUCUGUCCAGAAAUGAUUUGACCAAGCUCAACAAACUUGCAGGAUUAGGGAACCUGGCUGUCCUAAACCUCUCAGGAAACCGCAUUACAAACCUAGAAGGAUUGCAAGCCCUCGAAAACCUCCAAUCAGUCAAUUUGGCAGGAAAUUUAAUAGGAAGUAUAAACGGUUUGAGAUGCCUGACAGCCCUCGAUAAGCUGGAGGAGCUGAGGAUACAUGACUCGGUGAAGGAUCUCAGUAAUCCUCUCUGUCACAACUCCAUGUACCGCAGGGACGUCCUAGACAUGCUCCCAAACCUCAAAGUUCUAGACGGAGAGAGAAUUCUGGGACAUGGAAGUGAUGUGUUCUCCAUGUGUCGUGAUAUAGAGGAGGCUCUGGAAAGGAGACAGGACGUAAACAGCCAGCAACACUCCACCCCCUCCCCAUGGGUGUCAGAUGAUUACUUUGAGCCAACCACAAAAUUUGAAGAGACGAGAUUGGGAGACGCAAAAGAGCAGCUACAAGCAUUGUUAUCAUCCUGCAAAAUAUCUGUUGAAAAAUCGGAAGAAGUUUUUGUGAAGUUGAAGACGUCAAUAAAAUAGUGAUUUAUCAGACACUGAAGAUUUAUCAAUAUGCCAGACACCUUUCUAUUCAAUAAAACAUAAACAAUC